UAAAAAAAAAAUUGUGAUCAAUAAUCUUUUAUUUUUUUUUUUUUAAUUAAAAUGUUAAUUUUAUAAGUUACAUAUAGAUUUAAAAGAAAAAAACUUUUUUAAUCGAAAUGCUAACAUUAUUGCAAGAAAAAAGGCCAUUAAAAAGGCCAAGAUUGGGACCUCCCGAUAUAUAUCCACAAGAAGCUAAACAAAAAGAAGAUGAACUUACCUCACUUAAUGUUAAACAUGGAUUUGCCACAAUGCCUCAACUUUCUGAUGAAUUUGGUACUGCCCAUAAUUCAAAUGUUACCGCAAAUAAAGUUGCUGCCUUUUUUAAUUUAAUUCUAUCAAAAAAAGAAGAAUUAAUGACAUUACCCGAUACUGGGAGAAAAAAACAACAAAUUAAUGUAAAAGAUAAUUUUUGGCCUGUUUCUCCAAGAACAAAAACUACUUUAGAUCAAUGGUUUAAAGAUUUAGCUGGAAACAAGCCAUUAUUGAGUUUAGCAAAAAAAGCACCAUCAUUUAAUAAAAAAGAAGAUAUAUUUAGUAUGCUAUGUGAAAAUCAAGUUAGUAUGCAAAGAGCAACUUGGUUUAUUAAGUUAAGUUCUGCUUAUACCGUAGCGGUUUCUGAGGCAAAAAUUAAAAAACGACAAAUACCAGAUCCAACAACAGAAUGGACAGGGACAUUAGUAAAAUACAUGAAAGAUUUACUUCCCAAAUUACAAGAAAGCUAUAAUCCUGAGAAACCUGCUUCAAAUGUGUCUCAUAAUACAAAUCCUUUAUAUGGUCAUGUUCCAAUGUUAACGCAAUCUAUAACAAGCCCUGCUCCUAUUCACGGUUCUGGAAGUAUGGCUUUAAACAAUUUAAUAAGUUCUGGUGAUGAAAAUAAAAAUGUUGUUAAACACUGGAACUAUUGUACCCAAUUAAGUAAAUUUAUGUAUGAAGAAGGGCUUCUUGAUAGGCAAGAAUUUUUAAAUUGGUUGUUGGAAUUGCUAGAAAAAAUGAAAUUUCAGUUAAAUGAUGACGGUUUUUAUAAGCUAAUUUUACCAUUUUGCUUACAAUAUUUGCCUGAUUUUGUUCAAUCUGAAAGACUCAGUAGAAAAUUAGCUCAUGUUGUUGGAAAAAAAAUUUCUAAUUUACUAAAUAAUGCAGUAGAAAAUUAUAAUUUGAUCAAUAUGCAAAACGAGAUGAGUCCGGGGCCUGAUCCAUUAGAACGUGCAUUACAUGAAUACAUGAAUUGCCCUCAUCACAAAGAAAUACUUUUAUAUUUAAGUUCAAUUAUACAGGUAGUUACAAUUGAGUGUCCAACAGCUUUAGUGUGGUGUGGAUUAGGUGAAAGUCGAGCUUUAUCACCUUUAGCAGGGAGUCCAUUAGAUCAACUACCAAUUCCACCAUCAGCGCUCCCCAUGCCAUCACGAUAUGCCCUCACGAAUGAUAAUAUCCGAAUGUUGUUGCGAGAUAUAGAGGAAAAAAUCAAAACUCGCUCAAAGCAAGCUGAAAAUAAGUGGUGUGCUGAACAAUGGCAAAAAGACAGCGUUAAUUGUUUUUCUAAAGUUUUGAAAAUUUUAGAUGCUUUAGAUGGUCAUUGUUUUGAUAGAAUGGAUACUCAAAAUUCAAUUGAAACACUGUAUCCAAAAAUUUUUGAACCAUUUACGACUAUACGUCAGGAAGUUGGGAAUAAUGGCGAAACUAAAGAUGUCAAAGUUGAAUAUACUCCUGAAUCCGACGCUCCAACAGUAAAAAUUUUGUGUGAAUGGGCAGUUUCGUGUCAACGUUGGGGAGAGCAUCGGGCGAUGGCAGUAGCUUACUUGCUUGAUAAAAGACAAACCGAAGUCACAAGUCCAAUAUACAACGAAUAUAUGGCAAACAGUAAUGGUAAUGAUGAUAAGGAUUCCGUUGGUUCAGGACUUGGGUUAAUUGGGGGUGUACCUGUAUUUCAACAAGUCCUUAUGAACUUUCUAGAUCAUGAUGCUCCUGUAUUAGAAGAAAAUGGUAAUCAGCAAAAUCGCGCUCAAUUUAUAAAUUUAGUUCACCUUUUUAGUGAAUUAAUACGGCAUGAUGUUUUUUCUCACAAUGCUUACUUAUGCACUUUAAUAUCACGUGGUGAUUUACUGACUGGAAGUGCCAACGCAGUUAAACCCACUUCAAUCACGGGGACUGGUCCAGUUUCAAAUAAAGCAUCACCACCGAAUAAUAAUACGUUUGAUGACGAUGGCUUUCCCACUGGAAUGGAUUUUAAACAGAAUAUUGAAGAAUUCGAUGAUUCAAAUGUUGAUGACGAUCUGGAUAAACUUCUACAACAUAUAAAGGAAAAAGAUCAGCAGGGAGCAAUGGAAGCACCAGAUAGCCCAAAAGAUCCAGAUCAUGUUGGAACAGGAACAACUUCAGCGAAUAAUGAAUCUCAUAUUUCAAGACACUUUAUAUAUACAAAACAUUUCCCGAUAUAUCAAGAUGAUCCCUCCUCGCCCUAUAGUAGUGAGAGUAAUCAAAGAUAUGUAUUAUUAUUUGGUGUUGGAAAAGAGCGUGAUGAAAAGAAACAUGCUGUUAAGAAAAUGUCGAAAGAAAUCUGUAAAUUAUUUUCUAAAAAAUUCAGUAUUGACGUUGCUGAAGGAGGGAAAGUUAAAAAACAUUCCAGAAAUGAAUUUAAUUUUGAAGCAACCACUAACAAAUGCCAGAACAUGGCAUAUUUUGAUCAGCACAUUGUUACCAGCCAAUGUGCUGUAACCGUUUUAGAAAUGCUUAAUAGUUUUGCAGCAGGAAAUGGAAAUUAUUUACCGGUACAGGAACAUGUAGCAUUUUUAUUCGAUUUAAUGGAAAUGGCAUUAAAUAUAUAUGGUUUGAUUGAUAUUUGUAAUCAAAUUUUAAAAGAACUACCGGAAGUUGAAAAUCAAUUGAUGAUUAAAAAAUCCAAUCUUAUUAAAAGCUACACAACGUCUUUAGGAUUAUAUAUUGUUGGCAUUUUAAGAAGAUAUCAUAAUUGUUUACUUUUAUCACCAGAACAAACGAUUUCAGUUUUCGAAGGGCUUUGUAGAACUGUUAAACAUGUUUAUAAUCCUUGUGAUUGCAGUUCUGCAGAAAGGUGUAUUUUGGCAUAUUUAGGUGAUUUAUAUUCCUCUUGUUGUAUCUUAAAAACUAAGCCACAGUAUGCUGAACAUUUCUACUUAAUUUAUCCAAAAAUAAGGCAAGCCUUGGUAUUAGGUUAUCAAAUAAGUGCCUCACCACGCUCUUAUAACCCGCAUUUUUUUAUGGACAUUCUGUCUUCCCCAAGAAGAUUUGGUAAAAUCGAUUCGCUUUGGGGUCGACAAAUAAAUGAAUCUCCAUCAAAUAUUUUUAGCUUCGUUUGUAAUGCAGUAAUUGUUAUUUGCCGCGAACGCGAUAAUGAAAAACUGAAUGAUAUAGCAAUAUCUUGUGCUGAAUUUACUGCAUGUUGCAAUGCUCUAUCCGCAGAAUGGUUAUCAGUUCUCGAGGCAUUGUGCGGCUCCAGUAAUGAAACAAAAUAUCGAGAUCUUGUAGGACAAAUAGAUAUUCAAAAUCAUAACGUACACAAUUCUUUAGCUGUAUUUACAUGCAUAUUAGUGGCAAGGCAUGGAUUUUCCUUGGAAAAUUUUGUAAUGAAAGUAGCUCUACCUGCCCUAGGAAACACGUGCAAUAACGGAAGAGAACUGUCUCCAGAUACAGAAGCUAGUGCUCGUAUAUCAUGCCAUUUGCUUUUAAUGCUUUUCAAAACAAUAGAAAUACCACAGCCUGGAUUAUAUUCUGUCAGCACUUCGCCAAACCCGAUAAAUGCCAACAGCUCGACAUGUAACAUUAAACUUAGUUGUGAUCGUCAUUUACUUGUCGCUGCGCAUAAGAACAUUCAAGUUGAAGCAGUUUUAACAGUAUUAAAAGCAAUUUUAGUAGUUGCCGAUUCAACCGCCCCUCCAAAACCUCCACCCUCUAUGUUUACUGGAGGUAAACGUAGUGGAUUUAAUACUCCUGUACAUCCUGGUAGUACACCAAAAAAUAUAGAUCGGCCUGCAGAUUUGAGUCAUAUUUUGGGAACAAGUGAACACAAUGUUCUAAAUGAAAAUGAUGACAUGAUGUUUGAUUUACAUCAUCCAAAUCAUCAUAAUGCAAAUGUACAUGAACAACAUGCAUCUCUGUCAGAUUUCGCACAACAUGUUUUGAAACAAAUUUGCUCACAGGAAUGGGUUUUAGAGCGAUGCCUCCAGGCUUCCGAUAAAUUAUGUAGUUUAUUAAUAGAAGAUAUUAUGACACCAAAACAAGUACAACGAUUAUUUCAAAUGAUCUGUUAUCCUGAAAAUGAAUAUACGAUAAUAGCUGAUAUGGACCAAAAAUCAGUAAUAAUUAGAAUUUUAGAAAAUUUAGAACAAUGGACAUUAAGAAUAUCUUGGCUUCAAUUACAAUUAAUGUAUAAACAAAGCGAGCACAGUCAUUCAGAAUCGGCUCAUUGGUUAGACACAGUAGCAAGAGCAUCAAUCGACGUCUUCCAAACUGAAGAAAUUGAAAAACAAAAGAAGGGGCAGAGUUCGAAACAAACUAAGAGCAAAUCAUCAACUUAUUUAGUAGAGCCUUUAAUAGCUAAAUUGCCAAAUGCUGUACAAGGAAGAAUAUUACGGGUUGCUGGACAUGUUUUGGAAACAACAAAUUUCUUUUCAAAAUACAAUCAUAAAGAGAGUUAUAAAGAUGGGUAUAAGGAUGGCUAUAGGGAAAAUUAUAAUCAUAAUUAUAGAGAUAACUAUAGGGACAACUACAAGGAUAACUACAAAGAUAAUACCAAUUAUGAGGAAAAGGAAAAACCAACAACAAAAAAGAAGACAAUGGACAAUCAACCAUUCCUAUCUCUAAUUUUAGCUUGCUUGAAAGGACAAGAUGAACAAAAAGAGUGUCUUUUGACUUCAUUGCAUAACCAGCUUUCACAAUUUGUGCAAUGUGUACAUGAAUUCGAAAAUAUUGGUGGAAUUGAUUCAACUGCAAUGGAUGAGAUGUUAGAAGCAUUACAACUUCGUUUCUCUUUAUUAGGAGGAAUGUUUGAAUCUAUUCAAAAAAAUGGAUCCUCGACUAUUGAUUGGACUAUACUCUUAGCGCAAUUAGUUUGCUAUGGUGUAAUAGAUCUCUGUACAAAUAGUGAACUUUUUACCACCGUCCUUGACAUGAUGGCAACUCUCGUACAUUCAACACUAGUUACUGAAAAUGAAACUGGACGUGAUGACAAUAAGAAACUGUACAACAAUUUAAUGAAAAAAUUAAAAAAAGAAAUUGGUGAAAAAAAUAAUGGAUCAAUCAAGUAUAUUCGACAAUUAUUACCAUUAACUAAGUUGAAUCACGAGGUGAUAAGUUGUGAACCUGCUGGUGGUGAUUCGAGAGGUUGUAGAUUUAACUUUUUUGAUUUAGAUAAGAAGCAACUUCGAAUUGCUGAUAAACAACGAGUAAGUGUCUGGGAUGUACUUGAGGGUCAUAAGAAUCCAGCUCCUUUAUCAUGGGCUUGGUUUGGAGCAGUCAAAUUGGAAAGAAAACCUCUAGCAUACGAAGAAAACCAUAGAUUACUAAGGUAUCAUACACAUAGUUUAGUAAAACCGAGUAGUUAUUAUUAUGAGCCACUGCCUUUGCCGCCUGAAGAUGUAGACCAAGUACCUGAAAAAAUAUUGAAGGAUGAUAUGAAAGCUGAUACUCCUUCUUCGGUUGAUCAAUCACCUAGUGCUCCAGCAACAGGUCGCGGAAGAGGUAAAGGAACUAGAAAGCCUAGAAAACCUAAAGCUCCGAAAACUCCUCCAGUAAAUCAGCAACAUUUGCAAAUACAGCAACAGUCGCAACAAUUGCCGCAAGAGGGACAAUCUCAAAUACAACAAACAAUGCAAAAUCAAAUGAAUCAAAUGCAAAUGAAUAUGCAGAAUCAAAUGAAUCCUAACAUGCAACAAUAUCAACCUAAUCAAAUAAUGCAACAAGGUCCAAAUCAAAUGAUAAAUCAACAAAUGGCUCAAGGAAAUAUGCAACAAACGAUGAUUGGUAAUCAACCUCAAAAUAACACAAUGGGAUUUGUUUCUGGCCCUAGUGUUCCAGGAAUGAUGCAAAACAAUCAACAAACACAACAAGCGCAGCAAUGGGCUAAUAAUUAUAAUCCAAUGCAAGCACAACAAACGCAGCAAUUUUAUAAUCCCCAAGGAAUGCAGAAUAUGCAACGCAUGUCGAUGAAUCCAUCAUCUAAACAAGCUUUGUCAAAUAUGCUAAGACAAAAAAAUACAUUUAUGGGAGGUCAACAGCAAACAAAUCCGGGAGCGCUAAGCAUGCAACAACAGCAACGACAACAACAAUUACAAAUGCAACAACAACAGCAACAACAAAUGAUGAUGCGUAAUAAUAUGCGAGGCAUGGCACCUAACCAAAUGGGUGGACAACAAAAUAGUAUUCCAAAUCAAAUGAAUCAAAUGAACAAUCUUGCACAAAUUCCACAACAACAAAAUAAUAUAAAUCAGGUAUUAAAUUCUAAUUCGAUGAUGGCUCAGCAAUCCCAAAUGCAACAGCAGAAUGUUGGGAUGAGUGGCGGACAAAAUGCUCCACAAAUGAUGAACACAAAUGCAGGUAUGAUGACCAAUGCAAAUACUGGUUCAAGUGGUAAUCCUAAUAUAAUGUCACAACAAAAUACCGGUAUGGUACAAGGGGCUGGAAUGGCAGGCCAAGCUACAGCAAUGCAAAGUCAAAAUACCGGGCUAGCAAAUCAGGGUGGUGCCAUGACCGGACAAGCAAAUAAUAUGAUGAAUCAACAAAAUGUGAAUCCGGUGGCAAUGGUUAAUCAGCAGGCAGCACAACAAUUUCAGCAAUUCGGUACCUAUAAUAAUCAGAAUAUGAAUCAACAAAGUGGACCACAAAUGAUGAAUCCUGGGUUUAGUCAAAUGGCUGCGCCUCAAAGAAAUACUCAGGCAGAAUAUAUAGCACAACAGCGCGCAAUGCAGCAAGCUAAUAGGGGACAGUAUAUGAAUCAAGCUCCAAAUGUUACAAUGAAUAAUAUGAUGGGUGGUGGGCAGGGUGCUGCACCUCCCUACCGACAACAAGCUGGUGUAGGACACGCUCAACAACAGCAACAGCAGCAAUUCCAACAACAGCAAAGAUUGAGGCAACAAAUGUUGAUGCAGCAGCAACAACAGCAGCAAGGUGGAAUGAAUAUGGGACAAGGUGGUGCACCAGGUAUGGUUUCACAACAAAAUCCAACUGUAGGUCAACAAACUCCGAAUUUGGUAGCACAACUUCAAAGACCUCAGAAUAUGAUGGGACAACAGUAUCCGCAUCAACCACCACCAUAUUAAUACGAGAUUAAUUAUUAAGUACUAUACAAAAGUAAAUAUCAAAAUAGAUAGGCUUAAGUUAAAUAUCCACAGACUCAUAUAAAUAAAAUUAAUUUUAUUAAAAUAUGUUUAAUUUUAA